UAUAACCUCACGUUGUGGAAGGUUGGCGCUAAAUAGUGGAUCCAUCAUCCUUCAUAUUUACGACACAGGAUUUGACCAACUCAGUCAGGGACAUUGUUGGGGUUACCUCCUCCCCAACCACAACCUUCCCCGCCUUGGAGCUAUCCUUGACUACUACAUCUUUUGCAAAGGCAAAUCUGUGUGACACAUGACUCAAGAUAUACAUGGAUCAGUAUGAAAACAAGAAAAACCCCUGGAUACUGCAAGUAAAAGAACAUAUGAAAGAAUUAAACACAAACUUAAGUAAAAUUGGAGAAGUUGAAGAUCUACUGAGGGGGAAGUUGAAAAUAGGGAAAAAAAUUCUAAAAAUUAUGGUAUUACACAUAUUAUUACACAUAGUACAGAUCUAUGAAAACAAGCAAAGGAGUCGUUUCAGAGACACAUGCCGCCUACUACUACUACACAUGCCAACGACCAUAGGAUGGUAGGAUAACUGGAUAACUGGUAUGGAGUUUUUCUCAUCAAAAUACUGAAAGGAAGACAAUGAGGAUUAUUAAUCGUGUUCUUCAGCCAUAUGUUUACCAAAGAAACUGCUGGUUUUCAUGGCUCUCGACCAGAAAUUUCAGUAUAAAAACAGACGAAUCUGAAGCAGAGUGGAACAGGUUAUGUCAGAGAAGAGUUCCAAAAACAGUACAGGAAAUGAGUUUAUUAUUGGGAGGAGAAGUUGACUCACCUCCUAAUGCUAAACUUUUGAAAGUGGCAAUCAUAGGUGUGCCUAAUAGUGGGAAGAGCACUCUUAUUAAUGUCCUCAUGCGAUGGCGAGUUUGUUGUGUAUCAUCCAAAGUUCAUACUACAAGAUUAAAUGCUUGUGCCAUACUUAAUCAUGGUUCGACACAGCUGGUAUUCCUUGACACUCCUGGAUUAGUGACUCAUGAUGAAGUUAGCAGCUUGAUGUUCUUAAAUCAAAAAGACGACUUUUGGAUUCAACUCGGCUUUUAACUGAUGGUGUUGUUGGUGGCAUGGUGGCUCAGAAAAAAAUAGAGAAAACGCAAGAUUUGGAUAAAGAAAUAUUGAUACAAAAGGCUCUUAAUAGGAAAGAAAAGCUUCUGAAAAAAGAAAGUGAAAAUACACCUCCUCAAGUAAAUGGUAAAACUGAUCUCACUGAGAGUGCAGAUACAUUGGAAAACUGUUCACAUCUAACACAACAUGAGGUUGCUGAAUUUACUAAAGACAGAAAAGGCUGGCCAUAUUUUCAGGAUGUCUUCAUGAUCUCAGCUCUGAAGGAAUCAGGUGUUGAUGAUCUACGAAAUUAUCUUUUAUCAAAAGCAUAUAGUGCUCCAUGGCUCUUUAGUUCAAAGGUUGUAACAGAUCAGAACCCAGAAGAAAUAGCUUUGAUGACAGUCAGGGAAAAGUUUUUAGAAACCUUCAAGAAUGAAAUACCUUACACAGUCAAAUUUGAUAUUGAACGCUGGGAUGUUUCAGAAUCAGUAAGGGCGUGGAGGAACAGUGCUGUGCGCCUUAACUGCAAAUUGAAAGAAUCUUGGCAAGCACGUUAUGUUUUGACAAGAGGAACUGUUACGUUGCGCGCGCUUGCCAAUAGCCACUGGGUUAACAGAAAACGACCUGUGACUGAGGAAGUUAGUGAUAGAAAACGAGUGACAGCACAAAACAAGAAAACUAACUGAAUAAUGUUUUAUUAUUCUGGCUAGAGGUUUCUGAAAAAUGACCUUCAACUUUAAUCAAGCAUUUCCAAAAACUAUCAUGGUAUGAAACAUGCAAAAAUCAUCUUAACAAGCAAGAAAAAUAUCUUGUGUAGCAUAAUCGUAAUAUGAAAAAGAGCUUUUAAAAUACCUUCUUCACAGUGUGAUGGACUAUGUGUAGAUUCGCCAAGAGCUUCGUCAGUCAGUGUCGUCUUCACUGUUAGUGACGACAGUAGUAGUACGUGUACGGCCUUCAGACUGUGGCGGAUACGAAACGGCAGCAGCUUUGAACAGCUCAUAAAGCCUCUCCUCCACUUUUAAUUUCCACAGGAACAGAUACCGGGAGAAAUACGGGACAAGAGUUGAUGAACAUUAGUGUGCAAGUGGGCUGCAGAAGAAAAGGAUUAACACGAUUUAUAGUUGGGUCUGGAGGAUUUCGUAUCUCUAAUGUCAUAAGAGAAGCUGAGGAAGAACUUCACAGAACAUUUCGCACUCGGGUGUGCCUACAAAUAAAUGUUGUAUAUGAUGCUUCUCUGAAAAAGAAAGCUUAAUAAUGUAUAUGUAAUGUAAAUAAAUAACUUUGUAUUAAAUGGGGUUUUAGCUUAACUAUACCAUAGACUACGUGACCCCCUUGGAGUUAGUUGUUUGCAUCAAGAUAAUCUUCAGCGUAAGCAACUUGAUUCCUCAGAGCUGGCUGUCAUGUGUAAGACAGUAGGUUCUGUAAUAUUGCAGCACUGUAGAUAUUUAUCAUCAACUUCCAUUCAACUUUUCUGCAUAAUAUAUGCAGAAAUGAUGUAAUACUAUAGUAGAUUCACGUCAUCCGUGCAUUUGAUGUCUAGGCCAGUCCUGUAUGACCCUCCUGAUUGGCUGUUGGUAAGCCAAUCGCGGGGCUGGAAACCUUCAGUCUCUCUCGAGAGUUCACAUAGGCAGGAUGUAUGUUCCACGUCUCCUGAGGGAUAUGUCUUUCAAAAGUAUCCCUCAGAAGACGUGGAACAUACGUCCUUCUUAUGUGAACUCUCUCGUGAGACUGAGUUUCCAGCCCUGUGACUGGCUUAUCAACAGCCAAUGAGGAGCGUCGUAAGGGAUGGGCCUAAACAUCAAAUGCAUGAUUGGUGUGAAUCCACUAUAGCUGCUGUAAGUGCCUAUUAACUCAUAAGAAUAGGUUAAGAAGAAGGAGAUACCUGUAUGCAACUAAUUAUUCCUGUUAAUGGUUUUCCCCCAUUUAAAUAAAUUAACUUAGCCAAUAGAGAGCCAACUGCAAACUGUUUUAAAUGUUCUAUGCCCCAUCCCUUCAGCCCCAGCUGUAUUGGCUUUAUUGCUUUCUGCAUUUUUACUUCUCAAUCUUUUCUGUCAGGGUUCCUCCUCCCAAGGUAUCUAACUUUGUAAUUUACUCUUGAUUAAAUUUUUAUCACUAAAUCAAGAAUAACUCAUGACCUGUUGAAAACAUCCAGCUAAGUUAUAGCAAAAUGACCAUGGCACUUCAUUUAAUUUUGUCAACUCCUGGCUACUAUCACAGCACAAUCUUUUAUUCACAUUGUUGCUUCAUACUGUAAUGCAUAACACAUUUCUCUGGAUGACACUUCGAUCUGUCAUCUCUGAUAAUAAUAAUGCACAAUUUUUGAGUCUUCAAAAUGUUGUUUAGAUUGGCAUCAAAGAAAUUAAUGAAAUUUUUUUAGUUUACAAUAGCAACUCGGUAACAGUUUUAUAAUAAAAAAAGUUCACUUCCAAGCAUGCCACUUACUAUAUAACUUGUGUAACUUGCUGCCUUUGAGAGCUAGUCAGUGAGCUACUAGUCAAUAAUUUGUUUUUAUAUUCUCUUAUCACAAAUUAAAAUUUUCUCACUAAAAGUAGCCAGGUAUGUUAACUCUUAUUUUGCUAAAUGUUCAGAAAAAUGAGCUAGUGAUUGAGUUAUGAACAUCAUUGUGAAAACCAGGCAGCAGCAACUGUAGUGUGCUUUAGUAACAGUCAGCAAAAAUUUUGUGAAAUUUUAAUUUCUGGAAAGCAAAAUGAGUUAUUAUACAAACUCAUUACUAAUAAUGGUAAUUUCAUAAGCUAACUAAAUGUUCCAGACAUCAAUUCUCUAAAGAAAGAUGUACUGUAGAUUUAUUCUGUAUGUUAUUAUCAGAUCCCCUUCUACUUGAUAGGCAACCAAGUUCAUUCUUGGUAUAAUUGCACCUUUGAUGAGAACAGGGCAGUGAUGAUUGGAAAAUUUUUAUAAUUAGUGGAUUUGUAUGAAAAAAAAUUGACAUUGUUUGCAAGAAAUUGCCUUUGUUUCAUUAUAAUAGUGCCUGAAUCUCUGUUUAGGCAGGGAAGAAUAAAAUUGUUUGCUCGACAUUAAAGCCUUAAAGCGGUUCUAAUCUACAAGAUUUGGCAGUUUUGUCUAAGUGUUAGAAUCCUGAUGCACAGUAAAGAAGUCUGUAAGGUUGUAUCUUUGGAAAGUACACAUAAGAAGUCUGUAAGUUUAUACCUUUGGAAAGUACACUUACCACCCUAGUAAACCUAUAUGGGACUAAGACUGAAGAAUUGUGUCAUCUUGACGUACCCCAUAGCAAUCCACCCAUGCAAAGAAACUUAUUCAUCAUGUGUAACAUAGAGUCUGAUAACCUUAGACAUCUCCAUUGUCUAGGAUGCCAUAACAAGGUAAUGAGAAUAAUGUGAUGAUGAAAGGUCUAAUAGCAUAUAACCCUCCCAAGAAAGAGGAAUACCUUGUCCUGCUACUACCGCAGGACCCGGACAAGCACAACUCUAACCACCUAAGGUUUACCUCUCUUAAACAUUGGUAGACAUCAGUUGCUAACUCCACAACCCACCAUUAAAACUACCUUAAGUUACUGCAAGUGUUGGGAAAAAAACUUCUAGACUCAAUGACUAGGGAGGACUUGGAAAUUGUAGCACAGCAUUUUGAAUAGGAAUAUGAAGUGUCCAUAAGAAAGGGUGUAUUGCUAUUGCAAAGCUAUAUAUAAAAAUUGUAAAGGCAGGUGGAGGACAAGAAGUGAAAUCUGAUAAAGGAAUGUUGUCUAUAGAAAUUUUGGAUAGGCAAAUUGCUCUGAGACAGAUGGAGUUUGAAAUAGAAAAGUUUAAGGCAGAGGAAAGAGAAAAGGAGAGGCAGCAUGAGAUUGCCAUGAGAGGUGCAGGCCCCUCUUCUUCCCUUCCCCCUUCCCAAAAUAGGUCUAUAACGCCUGUUAUUAAUUUAGUGCAGGCUCUCAAAAAUUUGAAGAAAAUAAUAUUGCAGUUUUUUAUAUCAUUUGAAAGAAUAGCAGCAAGGUUGAAGUCCCUGAAGCCUAUAGGGCAACGCUUCAGGAACUUACAAAAAAGUAGGGAGCAGCAUUUGUUGAAUUUGGAAGGUUAAAAGAACAAUUUGCUAGUGAUUGGCUUAAGUCCAAGGAAGUGGUGGAUUUUGAUAAAUUGAAGAAAUUAAUGUUGGUGGAGGAGUUUAAAAGGUGUGUGCCGGAUAAACGGAAGAUUCACCUCGAAGACUUAAAACUUGAGACCGUUCAGGAGGUAGCCAUUGCUAGUGAUGAGCAUUAUCUAUCCCAUAAAAAUGAGUUAGGGGGAAUAAUGACAAAUGUGAAGUCUGGUUGGGUUAAAACAGGUAGGAAUAAUAAUUAUAAUGAUAAUAAUGCUAGGAAUGAUGAUAAAGGUAACGACCAGGGUAAUGCUAAUACUAAUAAUAAUUUUUCUCAUAACAGAGGUAAUAGGAGACCUUAUAUAUAUAAUCCAGAGCAGUGGCGUUCCUGAGGGCAAAAUUUAACCAUUGCUGCUAUGACAGAACAAGCUUAAAUCCAGUGGCCCCAAAAUGGUUAAGGGCCCCAUUUAUAUUUGGACUCGAAGUUUCGGGCCCACUAAAAAGCCCCAAUUUCCAAUUUUGUGAACAAAAAUGUAACAAAAAUUUUAUAUAAAAGAAAUAAGGUUCUCCAGGGGUCCCCUCCCAAUCGUAGAGCCCAUUAUAGACGUUCUCAUACGGAUCGGAGGAGGAUGGGUAAUGUUGACUGGGGUAAGGGCAGGGCCGAUCUAAGGCAAUUGAUUACAUCUUAUAAGGGUCCUAAUUAUCCGCUGAGGGUCCCCAUAAUGGCCCCAUUUGCCUAGAUAAUACACAUUCAAAUGAUUCAAUGAAUCUGGCCUUCCUUUCUCUCUAUUCUACCUCCCUGCACUCUGUUCUACCUCCAUUUACUCUGUUGUACCUCCCUUCACUCUGUUCUACCUCCCUUCACUCUGUUCUUCCUCCCUUCACCCAGUCCUACCUCCCUUUCACCAUGUUCUACCUUCCCUUCAUUCUCUUCUACCUUCCCCUUACUCUGUUCUACCUUCCCUUCACUGUUUUACCUUCCCUUCACUGUUUUAACUUCUUUUCACUCUGUUCUACCUCCAUUCACUCUGUUCUAACUCCCUUCACUCUGAUCUACCUCCCUUUAAAUAAUGGAGUCCCUUCCAGCAAUAAUGAUUCAUUUAACUCCCUACACAUCAUAUUGCCAUCAGAGUACAUUACUGUUAUCCUCAUUUUUACCAUGUUUAAACUGGAUAAGUGGACCUUCAGUUAUUCAAUGUACACCUAGUUUAAGAAAUAAAAUUUCUGAAAUUUGAUUUUACAGGUGCCUUUCAUAUUAUCCUACAAUUGCUCAUAUUUUAAAAAUGUCCCCAGGAGGAGGCUUACAGCAGCCCCCCCCCGAACCGCCCAGCUGCUUUGGCUCACUUCGUUCGCCCCCCACCCUAUAAGAGGGGCCCCAAAUGGGACUGUGGCCUUGGGCCCCAAAAUGUCUAGGAACACCCCUGUCAUUGGUAUGACAAUGAUGUGCCUGUCGAAGAGGAUAUCCUGCCACUCCCAGGAGGGCCCCAACAGGAAGCACGCCCUUGCAGCACACCAACAGAAUAUCAAGAGAGACUACGUUAUCAGGAAUAUAAAAAUCAUUGGAAGAGCCCUCGACCCACGACAUCUGCGCCUCCUAGAAGCACUUUUCAUCCUUGAGCAAAAGCCUCUGCUGAACACUACACAAGAAGCAUUCCUGCUGCCUACGUGUGUGAGGAGGACCACACCCCUCCCACCCAACGAGAGCACCAGUCCCCAAGAAAUACCAGAUUAGAUGACAAACACUGGACGUGGAACAUAUAACUACGAGAAUAGUACCAGGGAUGACGUCACGUAGAUAGAAGCCAUUCAGAAGGCUUCCAGUGAUGUCGCCUGCCUGAGGAGGUCUGCACGGCUUGAGAACACUCGCUGUAUUAGUCACUUCCCAGGAACCAAUGAAAAUUUGACCUGCCCCAGGGAUUCCCCAACUGCACUUGAGAGGCUGCACUGCCAGGUUAAAAAGAGAAGGACUAGCCGCUAGAAUCGUCUUGCAUAAUAAUUCUUGUGUCAGACUUUUAUGCGUUGUAUUAUGUAUGGCUUCCAAGAGACCCCUCUUGCCUGGUAUCCCCAAGGAGGACCUGCCCCCUGAAGGCGACCAAGGCUUUGUAACUGUCAGAAAGGAAAAGAAAAAGAAGCAAAAGAAGACUCUGGCCCUUAUUACCACCAGUAAUAACCAGCUCCCCUCGACAUCGGCGCCGAAUACGACGAGUUAUGCAGAUUUCCCAGCACUACCAAUAUUCAGAGCUGUCAGCAACGAAGGCCAGACGUUGUAUGUGCUGGCCCUCGAGAAAAAGUACCCCAGAGCGAAUCUCACUGCCAGACCAAACCUGAGGGGAGAAUUCACCAUUACUCCCAAAGAACAGAAAUCUGCCGAACUCCUGAAGAACGACAGCUCGUGUGUUCUACUCGGUCCUGCUUCAAAAGUCAGCAAGGGGAUGAUCGUCAAAGUUCCCAAAUACAUAUACACUAAUCGAGAUGCGCACAGGCAAAAAUGGUGAUGAAACGCUAAAGAUCGAAGCCACCUUUAAGGGACAGAUACUUUUCAAGGUCAGCCUUGGAAUCCUCGGCACUUACGUUACCAAAGCCUUCACUCCAGAGCCUCUGAGAUGCUUCAAGUGUCAGAGGUUUGGCCACCACAAGAAUGAAUGUAAGUCUGACCACAUCUGCGAAAUAUGCAGCCAGAGGCACCAACUGUAACCAGCAACACCAUGAUUGGUUUAAAGGAUGCCCUGCCAGAAUUGAAAAAAUUUGGAAGAUGAAGGACAUCCCUCCUCCACCUACAAGACCUCGAGAGCGAAAACCUUGCCACCCAGGAGACCUCCAAUCAACCCCAGAUUCGAUCCAAGAACGAAUCUGCCUCCUGUACCACAAACCACUCAAGCUUCCUUCUCCCAACCUUCUUAACCCCGGCGCUAUAACCCCAACCCCUCACCUUCUCUACUACCACAUUCCCGCUCCCCAACCUUCCUCAACCCCUGAGUUCAUUCCUCCAACCCUUCAGGGCGUUCCCCCAACCCCUCAGGUCUUUCCCCCAACCCCUCAGAUCGUUUCCCCAACCCCUCAGGUCGUUCCCCCAACACCUCAGGUCUUUCCCUCAACCCCUCAGAUCGUUCCCCCAACCCCUCAGGUCGUUCCCCCAACCCCUGCACCGCUGUCGAUUCCUGCUCUGCGUGUAGAAACAGGGACCCAGACUGAAGAAUUUCCAGUUCAAGAGAUGGACGAAGAUAUGCAGACUGAAGAACCGUUAUACUCUGAAACAGCAACCCAGACAGAAGAAUUGCCAUCCCAACGUAUAGAUGAACAAAUCCACGUGAGGAUACGGUCUAUGGUACGUCUCCCUGGUACAAUUGAAAUCGAUAUUGACGACGGCAUAUUAAUCGCAAGAAAUGUCUUUCUCACUACCACGGAGCUUGAAGCACUUCUGAUCAAAACCGUUAAAGCAGCCAGGAAGAGCUUCUCAACGACGUUGGCAAAGGAAAUCUAUACAGAGUCCAUGAAAUAUGAAAUAGAUAUCCAUGACUACGUCUAUGAAGAAGAGUAUCCUUAUCUCCACGAGUCUUAAUUGUUAACUAUUUAGUUGGCAGUUAAUUGCUUGUUUUACUACCAAACAACCUUCCUUUCCCCUCCGUUUUCGGCUGCCCUCACGUCAAACAACCGAAUUUUUCAACUGUCAAUCAAACUACCGCUAAGCUGUUACUAACUUCUGUUUUGUUUUUUCUAAAACUGAUGAUUCUUCGUUUUUCUCUCAUCGUUCUCUAACACUAUCGAUAGAUGCUUUUCCUGUCUUCAAGUAAUGAAAUAUGGUAUUGUAGCUCCAUAGAGUUGUGUUAUUUUUUUCGUUUUUCUCCGACGAUAAUUAUUUCGAUUUUCCCUACUGGCUACCUUUGACUGACCAGUACUCGCGGCUAUCUAUCUUUUUCUCCUACUGAUGGGUAUCUUAGGGUUCAAAGGAGUCUGCAACCUCGCCUGUUCAUCUUUUAUUUCACUUUUACAACCAUACCAUCUCACCUGCAUAUCCAUUAUAAUAAAGGCUCACCACAUAUCCUUUCCACCUGCAAAAUAUUCAUAUGACCUACGGGCUGCUCUAUGAGCAAUAGCCCAUGCUGGUAUAAGGCCAUCUUAAUCUCAAACAACCACUAGAAUUCAUUCCCUCGGCAUUCAUCGCUGGACAAUGUCCUGUAGAUCUGGACGAAAUGUGUUGGAGAGAGAGAGAAAGGGGGAACAUUGUAUAAGCAACAUUAUUUAGUACAAGAAUAAUAAACACUAAAAAUGACUCGACAAACGGAUUUUACCAUCACUCGCCAGUCUAAGCAACAGUGAGAAAGCUGUCAUCAGAAAAAUAGAGAAGACCCUUAACAAGAUGAAUAGUGCUGAGGCAGCAACCAUUUUUAACAAAACAUGCUUAAGAGAGAGAGGGUCUUCUUCCGAAAUAUUGAAAUAAAAGUAAUGAAGUAAAAUUAAAAUAAUAAACUAAUGUAAAAAUGACAAAAUAAAGCAAAAAACUAAUAAAAUAAAAUAAUAUAAAAUAAAAAUAAAUAUAAAAACAAUAUAUUGAGAGUAUAUUU